UCUUUGUCUCUGUUUGUUUCGUUUCGUCCAUUGCUCCAUUCUCAAGCAAGUAAGUUCUUUCUUGAUCUGAUUCACAAUCGCCGUCUUCAUGAAUCAAAGCGAUGCAACCUCUCCCUAUUAUCAAUACUACCGAUCCAAUUUUCACAACCCUAACCCUCCUCCUCCUCCCACUCCGAAUUUUCCGUCCGACCCCCAUACGAAUCAGUAUACUUCCUCCUCCUUCGCUUCUGCCCCUCCUCUCUCCCCCCAUUCUUUCUCCAACUCAUCUUCUUCCUUCCCUUCCUAUCCACAAUACGCCUCCCAAGAUGCCCCCUUUAUUCCAAACCCUCAACUUCCUCUCAUAGACCAAACAACGCCCUAUGACCCCUUUUACCAGAGCUAUAAUGAAGCUGCAGCAGCAAAUUAUACCCAAAAACAAAACCCUGUCUACGAUCCCAAUUCCGCUUCUUAUGAUUACGGAAAUUAUCGCGAUCAAGGGGUGUACGGAGCUUCUUCUACUGAAGAUUAUGGAGGCUCUCAGGAUGGUGGGACGGAAACCGGUGUUUAUAGGUACAGUGGAUCUAAUACGGAGCCUUAUGGUGCUAGAGGGACUGGUGUCUCCAAGUCUUCUUCUAGGGUGCCUUUUGAUGAUUAUGGAAGACCAAUUGAAAAGAAUUCACUACCACAACAGUCCAUUAAGGUUGUGAAGGCAGCCCCAAAGGCGGAGACGCAGCAAGAAAUGGGUAGUGGAGUUAUGAAGUUCCGUGUAAGGCUAUUAUCAGAAAGUGCAGGCCAAACCGAUAUGGAUAUACUUUGCCAGAUUGGUUUGGAUGGGAUUCAGCUUCUUGAUCCUGCAAAUUAUCGGACAUUAAGAAUUUACCAACUUGAUACUAUUACAAGAUGGGAGGUUCUUGAUUCUUAUAUAUUUGCGUUUUGGGCUAAGAGCUCAGUUGAUGCUGAUGUUAAACGUAUCCGGCUAAAAUCAAGCAGCUAUACCACAAACAACAUUCUGGAUGCAGUAACAGCAGCUAGCAUUCAGUUCAAGGAGAUUGGUAGUAGUUACAAGUCUUCUGAUCCAGCAGAACAACAAUCUGAGAAGAAGAAAGGGUUUGUGGAUUGGAUGAAUAUUAUUAAACCAAAAAUGGAGGAGAAAGAUCACUGGGUUCCUGAUGUAGCGGUUACCAAGUGCACCUCAUGUAGCACUGAUUUUGGGGCAUUUGUGCGUAGGCACCACUGUAGGAAUUGUGGAGAUAUAUUCUGUGACAAGUGUACCCAAGGAAGGGUGACCCUUACUGCAGACGAAGAUGCCCAAACAGUCAGAGUUUGUGACCGUUGCGUGGGGGAAGUUACUCAAAGGUUGGAUAAUAGUAAGGAGAGAAGAGGUUCCUCCAAUAUUGGCACAUUGCACAGCCAUGAAGAUCUCGCUAGAAAACUCAAGGAAGAGAUGGAGAAGAAUCGCAGGACCGCCACUUCUGAAGGAGGAAGAGGAAUGGGAUAUGGGAAACAAGCAACGAAAGAAGUUGAAUGUCCGACUUGCACAGUUCAUUUGCAGGUCCAAGUUCCAGCCUCUGGUUCAGAAACAAUCGAGUGCAGCGUUUGUCAGCAUCCAUUUCUCGUUAACGCCUCUGCUGCUUACUGAAAAAUAUAUGUAAUUUUCCCCCUAUUAUACCGAAAAUGAGUCAGAUUCAUUUGUGUGACAAUCAAUGUAUAGAUAAACAAUACAAGUCUCUAUUCGUUUUGUAUAAUUAAAUCAAUCCCUCCUUGAUCACCAUUCACCACCCAUCUGA